GAAGGCUUUAGACAAGCACUGCCAUCCUGAGCUGGGAACUUGUUUAUCUGUGGAGAGGGCGGCCCCAGCAUCGAGGGCCGAGCAAAUAUUUGCAGUUACGGAUUAACUCAGUUCCAGACUGUCAUGGCGGCAGGAGGGCAAACUUGCAGUCCCACGGCCCACCCCAGUGUCAGCAACUCCAGAAUGUGGCAGCUCGCAAGCCUCUUUCUGUUUGUGACCUUCUGGGGGAUUUCCAGCACACCAGCUACUCUGGACUCAGUGUUCUCCAGCAGCCAGCACGCCCACCAGGUGCUGCGGCUCCGCAAACGUGCCAACACCUUCCUGGAGGAGCUCCGGGCCAGCAGCCUGGAGCGGGAGUGCAGAGAGGAGAUCUGUGACUUCGAGGAGGCCCAGGAGAUUUUCCAGAAUGUGGAUGACACACUGGCCUUCUGGUCCAAGUACCUCGACGAGGACCAGUGCGCGUCCCCGCCCCCCGAGCACCCCUGCGACAGCACGUGCUGCGGGCACGGCAAGUGCAUCGAUGGCAUUGGCUCCUUCCACUGCGACUGCGCCGGCGGCUGGGAGGGCCGCUUCUGCCUGCACGAGGUGCGCUUCGCCAACUGCUCGGUGGACAACGGCGGCUGCGCGCACUACUGCCUGGAGGAGGAGGGCUGGCGCCAGUGCAGCUGCGCGCCGGGCUACCGGCUGGCGGACGACCAUGAGCAGUGCGUGCCCACAGCCUUGCAGGUCACGCUUUGCGGGGAUGGUGCCUGGAGGCGCAGGUCACAGUCUCUGGUUCCCUGUGUGCAGAGUAUACCUGUGGUCAUCUGCAGGGUGAAGUUCCCCUGUGGGAGGCUGGGGAAGCGGAUGGACAAGCAGCGCAAGAACCUGAAGCGCGACACAAGCCAAGCCGACCACAUAGACCCACGGCUCGUCAAUGGGAAGAUGUCGCCGCGGGGGGAGAGCCCCUGGCAGGUGAUCCUGCUGGACUCAAAGAAGAAGCUGGCCUGCGGGGCGGUGCUCAUCCACACCUCCUGGGUGCUGACAGCGGCCCACUGCAUGGAGGACUCCAAGAAGCUCACUGUCAGGCUCGGGGAGUACGACCUGCGGCGCUGGGAGAACUGGGAGGUGGACGUGGACAUCAGGGAGGUCCUCAUGCACCCCAAUUACACCCGGAGCACCACUGACAAUGACAUCGCCCUGCUGCGCCUGGCGCGGCCUGCCACCCUCUCCCAGACCAUCGUGCCCAUCUGCCUCCCGGACAGCGGCCUUUCUGAGCGCCAGCUCACGCAGGUUGGCCAGGAGACGGUGGUGACGGGCUGGGGCUAUCGCAGCGAGACCAAGAGGAACCGUACCUUUGUCCUCAACUUCAUCAAGAUCCCUGUGGCCCCGCAAGACGAGUGUGCCCAGAUCAUGCACAACAUGGUCUCAGAGAACAUGCUGUGCGCCGGAAUCCUUGGGGACUCACGGGACGCCUGUGAGGGGGACAGUGGGGGGCCCAUGGUGGCCUCCUUCCACGGUACCUGGUUCCUGGUGGGCCUGGUGAGCUGGGGAGAAGGCUGUGGGCGCCUCCACAACUACGGUGUCUACACCAAGGUCAGCCGCUACCUCGACUGGAUCCACAGCCACAUCAGAGCUGAGGAGGCUGCCCCCAAGGGCCAGGUGCCGUAGUGCCACCCGCUGGUCUGCCUGGAGGCCACCCCUGGAGUGGGCCAGGUGGUGGGAUGGUGAUGUGGGGGACAUUAAAGGGACAUGCCAGCA